AUGGUAUUUUCUGAUGCAAUUUAUACAGAGAAGAGCAAAGAGAAAGGAAUGAUUCUGGCGGUGACGGUGUGCCUGCUCCUGUCCGCGACAGUCGGCCAGCUGUCCCACAAAGGUGGUCAUUGUCCAUUGAGAAACAGCGUGUCGAGAUGCACUCCAAGAUGCGUUUCGGAUUAUCAGUGCUCCAUGAACGAAAUAUGCUGUCCGAACAAAUGCGGGACCGAGUCGUGCGUGGAGGCGAGUAUGUUUAGUACCGGAAACGGGUACAAAGGGUCGCAAAAUGACGGAGUGUAUUGUGCCGGCGUGAAAUGUGGACCGUAUCAAAAGUGUCAGUUCGACCGCAAUACGAAACGUGAAAAAUGCGUUCGUACAUGAACAAAUGUACCAAGGACAAAUAUAUAAUUUGAAAGGAUCGAACAAUUCCUACAUAAUAUUAAAUAACAAUAUUACUA